AUGUCCGCGGCAGAGCUAACAUCAGUUACGAUGCUCUCCAUCGAAUCGUUUCUCGCCGCUGCCAACACGGUUACCACGUGCAUGUCUCAUUCGCCCCUAAACCCUGCGGAGAUUAUGUCCUAUUCGAAUUCAGCAUGUCCGGCCCAGCAAGCUAUGCUCCCGCUGUCUUCUUCUUCUUCUCCAAUGACAUGUCAGUGCAGUGACACAAUAACGCUGUUCGGGGGCUACGGUACUGCUGCGGCUGUGAUUGUCGCGGGCGCCGCUGUGCCGACGGCACUGGCGCAGAAUCUGGGCAUCCAGGACGUGCUGGAUGCGUGGGACUCGUCGCCGUAUUCGAGCUAUCCCACACAGUUUACGCGGGAUAUCAUACCGAAAAAGUUGCACUCCCACAACGACUACUGGAGGAAGGCUCCCCUGUUUACCGCAAUUGCGAAUGGUGCAAUCUCCGUAGAAGCCGAUGUCUGGCUCUACAACGACACUCUCUAUGUCGGCCACGACACCUCCUCCCUCACCCAAAACCGCACCUUCUCGACCCUCUACAUCAACCCCCUCCUCGAGAUUCUCACGCUCCAGAACCCCACCACCCCCUUCGUCACCUCGCCCACGCGCAACGGCGUCUAUGACGCCUCCGUCUACCAAACCCUCUUCCUCUUCGUCGACGUCAAGACCGACGGCGCCACGACCUGGCCCGCCGUUCUCAAAGCCCUCCAGCCCCUACGCGCACGCAACUAUCUGACAACCGUCAACGGCACCACCAUCACUCCCGGCCCCAUCACCAUCAUCGGCACCGGCGCCACACCACUCGACCAGAUCCGCAGCAAGAGCUCGCGCGACUACUUCUACGACGGCCCCCUGACCGAGCUGGAUGAAAAGAACAUCACGCGGGCCAUUUCGCCGAUUGCCAGCACGGCGUUUACGUCGACGAUUGGCGCCGUGAAUGGGACAGGGUUGAGUGCGGAGCAGAGGAAGAAGGUGGAGGGGCAGGUGAAAGAGGCGCAUGAGAAGGGGAUUUGGGUCAGGUAUUGGGAUCUGCCGAGUUGGCCCGUGUCGGUGAGGGAUGGGGUGUGGAGGGAUUUGGUGGCGGCGGGGGUGGAUUUGUUGAAUGUGGACGAUUUGGAGGCGGCGGCGGGGUUGAAGGAGGUUUGGUAG